AUGUCCUCCCCUUCAUCUUUUUCCCAAGGCUCAGUGGAGCUUGCAGCAAGGCUGGCUGUCCUCCAAGCAGAGUCUCGCUGUCCUGUCUGUAAGGAAUACUUCAGGAACUCAGUGACCAUGGAGUGUGGGCAUAAAUUCUGUCUCUCCUGCCUCAGUGCAUUGCAGAAGGAUCCGAAGGGUAGUUUCCCCUGCCCUUCUUGCCACUUUAACAGUCCACAGAGCAGCUGUUGCCCCCGUCACACAAACCACUUUGAUUGGUUCCUGGAGAACGCCAACCUCUGUCAUUGGAAACAAAUUGAGUGUUACAUUAAUCUGUGGAAGGAGAAAGGGGAGUCAAUUGAGAAAGCAAUUGCCACACAAAGGCGAACAUUGUUAGAACUGAAAAAAAGAUCGGCAUACAAAAGAGAAGUAAUACAGUCUAAAUACAUAGAAUAUAGGUUCUCUCUCCAGUACCAACAAGAGAACAUUCUUAGGCAGUUACAAAGUGAUAAGAUGGAUGGUAUAGCCAAACAAAAUGAAAAUCUAGCGAAACUCUCAGAUCACAUUUCUUCGUUAAGGCGUAUGAUGGCAGAGGUAAAGAGCGAGUGUGAAAAGUCAGACCUGGCACUGCUGGCAAGUGUUAAUGAUUCACAUGAGAGAUACAACGACUUAAAACGCCCUAGGAUAUUUUCAUUUACCUUGAAAGAGUAUGGCUUCCAGUUUCCUCAAAAGCAUCCUGCCUUGGACAGAAUUAUCCAGCAAUUUCAAGUUGAUGUAAUUCUGGAUCCUGAAACAGCAAACUGUAAUAUGCAAAUCUCAGAAGAUAGAAAAUCUGUGCACUAUUGGAAUAAGCAAAUGCUACCCAAUAGCCCAAGAAGAUUUCAGCAACCAGUUGUUCUGGGGUCUGAGGGAUACAGUUCUGACAGACAAUACUGGGAGGUAAAUGUGAAAAGAAAAUCCAAAUGGAUCCUGGGAGUCUGUAAAGAGCCUUUUCCCAGGAGCAGGAUUACAGCCAGUAAAAAAGAAUGGUUUUCAGUGCAGGAUGGAGUUUGGGGAGUUGCUCUUGAAUAUCCUAAAAAUUAUGUUGCAUUGGGCCAUAAGAAAGUCAACUUUAUGCCAAACGUAACACCUAUGAGGAUUGGAAUUUUUUUAGAUGCUGAAAUGCAUGAGGUUUCAUUUUACAGUUUGAGUGACAGGUCUCCUCUGUACAGUUUUAGUGACUUGCCUAAUGGCACAUUUUGGCCUUAUUUUCACACUGGAUAUGAAGUCCAUCCUCUGAAGAUCUGCACAGUCACAGAUCAUAAAUGA